AUGUGGGGCGAGACCGAAACCUUCCAAGUUCCCAAUAACAGUCGAUGCAUCAUCAUCAUUAUCACUGUCAUGUGGGCGUCCAUCGAGCUCGAUCAAAUGUUAGGCAAUAGGGAAGUCAUCAGAAAAUUAGAGAUUUCACGAUAUGAGCUGCUCGGUCAUGGAGAUGAGCCAUCCAGACAGUGUAAAUCCAUCAUCAACUGCGAGAUUGCUCGAAAUGCAGAUGCAGGCCAUGCACGACUCGCAAAAUAUGUGACACGCAAAAUCAAGAGGGUUUCUUACCUGAAUGAUGCCGUCAAGCGUUUUCAGUUGUUCUGGACCAGUGCUUAG